CGGACCUCGAAGUAGACACUCCAUUAACCACUCCGCGUUAAUAGCCUAGUGGUUCUAAGCUACUUUAGGCAUGGAUAAAGAGUGUUUCUUUAUAGGAAAACUGCCCAGCGAAGAAGGUCCAACCUGGUCCUCUUUAGCAGCUCAGUGUUCAGGUCGCUGUUGAGCUGUUCAAAGUUUUUUAAGAGCCACAGAGGGAGACAGAUUUAAGUUAGCUAGUGUUAGCUAGCGGAGCAACGGUCAGUGCAUGCGACGCAGAAACCAAUCCCGACUCCUCUUUACCGCACACUCAAGGCAAGACGUUUUGCCAUGGGAACUAAAAUGUCAUUUGGCAGAGGAAGCGGGGACCAAAACACAGACUGUGAUUUAACUUCUACAAGCCCUCCCUGCAGUUUUGUUCAUGCCCCAUCGGACUGCAAGCAGAUUUCUGAGGACAUGGAGGUAUCAGGACCUGUAGAGUCUGACGUCUGUUUGAGCUCUGAAACUGCACACCUAAGCUCUCAGCCAAUUACGGAGAUAGACACAUCUCUGCUGACUGCUAAAAGCCCGCCCACAGUCAGUAGAAAGGUCAGAAGAAGACCCGGUAGGCCUGCUAAAAUCAAACGACAUCCAAUCAAAGACAAAAAGGACUCAGUGGCCGCUGGAUUGGAUGGGGAUCAACCUGAGGAGGUCAGCCUCCCAGUGGCUUUACCAGCAGCCUCAGUCAGUGACAGCACUGGGGAUUCAGACCAUCAUAUGGUCAGUGAAUCAUCUCAAGAUGAUAAAUCAGGUUAUGAUGCUGUCCUGAAUGAUAAAGUAGAUGGCGAUGGCAACUCGCAGCUAAAAAGAAGAAGAGGACGGCCGAAAAAAUCAGAAGCUUCAACUUCACAACAUGCGGUCUCAAAGAAGGCUGCCGUCCAUAUAGUUCGUCCUAAUAACGUCGGAUGGACCCUAAGGAGCAGAGCAGAGCAGAACCCUUCAGCGCAGAAUGGAAAAUCGGACAGCCUUGAUGAAACAACGCAAGCGGAGGGGAUCUUAACAGAAUUCAGUCACUUGAUUCACAGCCAUGGAAUCAGGAGAAGGAGGAGGACUAAGCCCCCGAUUAAUGAGGAGGUUCCAGAAAAGGUGGCGAAGCUGGAUGAUCCCACAGAGUCCUCAUCAGUACUGAGCAACGAGGGGUACUGUGAGGGGAAACCAGAGACAGAGAAACUGGUGGAACAGAGUGCUGAUAAACAGGAGACCGAUGCAAACACUAAUACUGCUGAGUCGUCACUACAAGAGCAGCACGCAGAGCAAACAGAGGCGCUUGAAUCUCCCUCAGAGACUGAAAAGAUUCCUGCAGAGGAUCAGAACAGAUCAGGUUUGGUAAACACAUCACAAACUGAUAUUCCAGAUGUAGGGGAGCCUUCAACAAUAAAUGGCAGAAAGGAGUCAGAUUUAGAAACUUCUGAAUCAUUUGAUCCUCCCCUUGAUGCAGAUGUGCAGAAGGUAGAAUCUUCUAGCACAGAUUUAGUUUCAUCCUCUAAAGAAGAACCACAAUCUGUAACUGUGAAAUCUGAGAAUAUAGAGACAGAGGUAGGGGCUUUAGCUCCUGUGUCUGAUAGUCGCACAGCUUCUCAAAGUAGUGAAAACAUGUUAGAAAGGAAAGUGGUUUUUAGGUGCAAGAAAGGUGGAAAAAGAAAGAGAAGAAUAGUUAAAGUUGUGCUGAGUAACAAUCAUGUAGAGAAAGACGAGGGGACCCCCGAAGUUGAACAAAAACCAGACCACUGUGACGUGAAAACAGAAGUCGGCUCAGAGCUCAAAGAUGUCACGUAUGUUAGAAAAGGGGGCAAAAACAUGCUAAAAUGCAGCUACUGUGGCCGUCUGUUUAAGUUUCUGUCUCAGUUAGUAGUUCAUCAGCGCAUCCACACCGGAGAAAGACCCUUUAAAUGUGACGAAUGUGGGAGAGGUUUCACCAAAAACUCCAACUUAAAUCUUCAUCUUAAGAUGCACCUGAAGAACAACAUGUAUCAAAAAUGUCCGCUGUGCAAGAGCAGCGUCUCCAUCUCGCAGUACGCUGCUCACAUGGAGACACACACGCAAGGGGUGGACCAACUGGCCCUGGCGUUUCCAGACGAAGUCGUUGAACAACCGAGCCAAGACAGAACCACCAAAAGUCCCAAGGAGACUCAGAAAGAGCAUGUUCCAGAAAAGAAAGGCGGCAAAACCUGCCAGUACUGCGGCAAAACUUUCCCGUUCCAGUCCGCCCUCAAGAGACACGUCCGCAUCCACACGGGAGAGAAGCCCUACAAGUGUGAAAUAUGCGACAGAGCCUUCGGGCAGUCCUAUUUUCUCCGCGUGCAUGAGCUGACGCACUGGACUGUGAAGCGCUACAACUGCACGCGCUGCGAGAAAUCCUUCUCCCACUACAGCAAUGCCAAAAACCACACAUGCAGACCAGUGAGAGGCAGCGGCAACCCACAAGCCAACAGACACAUCAAGCCUUUGCUGACGUACACAUGCCACAUCUGCAAAAAAGUAUUUGAUCAUCUGCAGAACUUCAACAAUCACAUGAAGGAACACACGGGAACUAGGCUGUUCCGAUGCUUGUUUUGCGACAAGCUUUUCAGUUUGAUGUCUGAUUUUGAAGCCCAUCGGGUUCCUUGCGCAGCAGAAAGGAAUAUUUCCAGCUCGGGGAAGGAGGAGGAGAUGAUGACAAUGAUUCAUUACAGAGUGCCUUCCAAAACCUCUUCCAAAUACAACAGUCCGCCUCCUGUGGAAACUCCUGAUUUCCAGCCACAGAAAAAGCGACUAAUUAUCCUUCGCAAAAGACGCCCUGUGAAGUUGAAGAAGCGACCUCAGGGUCCAGUCAGCCCCCCUCCUCCAAUCUCGUAUCUGGUUUCGAAGCUGAAUCAGCUGGACGACAGGUCUGACCCCAGGAAAUAUCUGUGCCCGAGCUGCGGCCGGCAGUUCCGGCACAUGAGCAGGCUGCGAGCCCACAUGCUCACCCACUCUCCCGACCAAUCUUACCCCUGCAGCCAGUGUGGCAAGACGCUGGGUAGCUGGAAGAAACUCUGGACUCACCAGAGGUUCCAUCGGCAACCCAGCGGACGCUUCACCUGUCCGCAGUGUGGGCGGGGCUUUCGAUUUACCUCUUCUUACAGAAAGCACAUGAACGAGCACCCCGAAUUCCGCUGGAUCGAGGAGCGGCCAAAGAAAAUGUUCCUGCCGUAUCAGUGCGACCAGUGCAGAAGCAGCUUCCGGACGCUCGACCUGCUGUUCACCCAUCAGCUCUGCCAUUCCUCAGUGAAAGACCUACGCAAAGAGUCCAACUUAGUGCUGCUCACAGACGCUUCCACCUUCCAGCUGAAGGCUGAAAUCCCUCCCAGUCAAAGUAAUCCAGGAACAUCUAUUCAGUCAGCUGCCAGAACCAGCUCUACUUUAAGCCCCUCACUAAAACACCCUGAUCUAAAUUCUCAACCAUCACCUUUGUUCCAAAAUAGUCAAGAAAGAGAAUGUUCUCCUCUUUAUCCGAUCAAGACACAUUUAGGCCCAGAAAGAGAUAUCUGCUAUGACAAAGUGAAAGAAAACGAAGCAGGAAAAGCUUUAACUCCCCCAAAACACAUGAAAUCAUCCUGGACUCAAAAUGCCAGCAAAUCAAAAGAAUCCGCCUUAGACAAUUUAGACUGUGCUGUGUGUGGAGCUGCGUUUCCAGCAGUUUCAGACCUCUUUCAACAUUAUAUCGAUCAUGCAAGAGGCCAGGUUUGAAACAAACAUUUUAAAUGUCUCAUCAUAAAAAUCAUUGUAGAAAAGUCUAGAUUUGGAUGGAAUCAAAAAA